GCCCUUUCUGGUACGCUUUGUUUUCGUUGGUGUUGCUGCUGUGGAAGCUGAUGCGGACGAGGUGAGGUGAAGGAAGAGCAAUGGCGCAGUCCCGUCCUUCCAGCGCAAAUGCAGACGCAAUGGCAAUCCUUAUUUUAGUGACAGGACUCCCUGCCGCCGGCAAGUCCUCGUUCCUGCAAGCCGUACAACACCUCUACACCAAUGCGCAGGGUAGUCAAACGUUUUCCCUCUUCGGUGGUGCGCGACGCGGCCGCGUUGCUGCUGUUUUCCGCCUCGACGACGUACUGCUGCGCUCCUGCGGUCCACGAAACGAAGAAGAAAGCGCUACGGAAGGCGCUCGUGUUGCGCAGCUCGCUUCGAGGGAAGUCUCCUUUUCUCCCGCGCGUUGGCAGGCGGCGACGCGGGAGCUUCUACGCCUCACAGAGGGUGCGUUACGCACGUGCGCAGCAGACGAAGGAGGAGCGGCGGCCCUACCGCUGGUUUUUGUGGAAGACAAUAUGCACCUGCGCAGUAUGCGGGAGCGCUACUAUCGCCUGUGUAGACGCAUAGAAGACAAGGCGGUGCAAAUGCCGAGUACGAAAGGCGGCGACGCAAUGCAGUUCGCGGUUGCCAUGUUAGAGCUGCGCUUUACGAUUUCGUUGUCCACCUGCAUAGAACGCAAUGCUCUCCGCUUACAGUCUGUGGAGCUUUGUGAAGGUGCACAUGCAAAAGACAAGAAUGCGGCCGUUGCGUCUUUAUACGUGCCGACACCCGUCAUUGAAUCGAUGCACGCUGUGUUCGACUGGUGCCGCGAUGCGUCAUCCGGCGCAGCAGCAGAGCAGGAGAAACGUGUGCUGUCUGAGAAGGGGGACUCUUCUCCAUGGCGUUGGUGGAAGUGGACGCCGACGACGCAACCGUGGAGUUUGCUGGAACUUGCCGUGACAACCGAACCGCCGGAAGGGUCAGCGGAAGAAAACGAAGGAGUGCCCGUUUCGCGCCUGCCCACCGCAGAGGAGCUCGUGGACGAAUUCUUUACUGUCACCCUGCAAGAUGCAGCCCGGAACGCCUGUAGGGCUCAGUGUGCACACGUCUUGCAGCGCCGCGAGCGGCGAAGGCAGGCAGAGGCCUCAGCUGCAAUGUCGAGGGAGCAACGCAACGAAGCACACGUGCGUACACACACGCAUGAGUUGGACCUGCAAUUGCGUGCGUUGGCGCACACGUUUCUAAAAGCACAGCACACCCCUGCCGUGGGCAAGCAGGUCGGAAAGUUAAAGAAUGGUGUGUUACAACGGUUCAAGGAGGGGAGCCGUGCAUAUGCAGCGGUGCAGCGGUCGCGUGGACACGAAAACGCCUCGCGAGGAGAAAACGCAGACGAAGACGACGUGGCUGAACUGCACGAGGCGUGUCUGAUGGACUAUCAGAACGCGCUCGUGUCGCUGUGGGAAAGAGGGGAACGGAGGGAGGAAACUCAGUGA